AUGGGUUGUUUCGAGUGCUGCAUCAAGUGUCUAGGCGGCGUCCCUUACGCGUCCCUGGUGGCGACCAUCCUGUGCUUCUCUGGAGUGGCUCUGUUCUGUGGCUGUGGACAUGUGGCUCUGACCGGCACCGUCACCAUCCUGGAAACUCACUUCUCCAAGGUCGCCUCAGACCACGCCAUGCUCACCGACAUCAUCCAGCUGAUGCAGUAUGUGAUCUAUGGCAUCGCCUCCUUCUUCUUCCUGUACGGCAUUAUCCUGCUGGCCGAGGGCUUCUACACCACCAGCGCGGUUAAAGAGCUGCACAGCGAGUUCAAGACCACCAUCUGCGGCCGCUGCAUCAGUGGAUUGUUCGUCUUCCUCACAUACAUUCUGGGCGUGGCCUGGCUCGGCGUCUUUGGCUUCUCUGCCGUGCCGGUCUUCCUCUUCUACAACAUGUGGUACACCUGCAACACCAUGAAGUCCCCUAUGGCCAACCUCACCAGCAUCGACGCCAUCUGUGUGGACGUCCGGCAGUACGGUAUUAUUCCAUGGAAUGCCACACCAGGGAAGGCCUGUGGAUCUACACUAGGAGACAUCUGCAACUCGAGCGAGUUCUAUCUGUCCUAUCACUUGUACAUUGUCGCCUGUGCUGGAGCAGGUGCCACUGUUAUUGCUCUGCUGAUCUACAUGAUGGCUACCACUUAUAACUUUGCUGUUUUGAAGUUUAAGAGUCGAGAAGAUUGCUGCACUAACUCUGACCUCUUGCUUUGCACCUCUGACAUGCUCACCGCCAUCCGCCUUCACCCUCUCUUCCAGAUCCACUUCCUCAUGAUUCUCUCUGCAAACUGGGCCUACCUUAAGGACGCCAGUCACAUGCAUGCCUACCAAGACAUCAAACUGAAGGAGGAGCGCGAGCUGCAGGACAUCACCUCACGCUCCAAGGAAUGUCUCAAUUCCUACACAUAA